GCACGCCUCGGGUCUGAGCUGCCGAAGUAUGGAAGCUACGGAGGCGGCGGCAGUCGUGUUGUCAUCAUCUUUGCAGACAGACGCAGUCCUAGUUCCUGAAACUGCAGAAACAGUUGCGGCAAUGGCCACCGGCGCUUCAGCUAAGGCUGCGGCUGCGGCUGCGGCAGCGGUGGUGGCGGCCGGGGCGGCCGGGGCGGCCGGGGCUGGAUCCGAAGCAGUGGGCUCCAAGGCGGCUUUGGCUACGAAGCUGCUGUCCCUGAGCGGAGUGUUCGCCGUGCACAAGCCCAAAGGGCCCACCUCAGCCGAGCUGCUGAACCGGCUGAAGGAGAAGCUGCUGGCAGAAGCUGGCAUGCCUUCUCCAGAAUGGACCAAGAGGAAAAAGCAGACUUUGAAAAUUGGGCAUGGAGGAACUCUAGAUAGUGCAGCCCGAGGAGUUCUGGUGAUUGGAAUUGGAAGGGGAACAAAAAUGUUGACUAGUAUGUUGUCAGGAUCUAAGAGGUACAUAGCCACUGGAGAACUGGGGAAGGCUACUGAUACUUUAGAUUCUACCGGGAAAGUGACAGAAGAAAAACCUUAUGAUAAAAUAACACAAGAAGAUAUUGAAAGCAUCCUGCAGAAAUUUACUGGGAACAUAAUGCAAGUACCUCCUCUCUAUUCGGCACUGAAGAAAGAUGGACAGAGACUUUCAACAUUGAUGAAGAGAGGUGCGACUGUAGAAGCAAAGCCCGCCAGGCCAGUCACAGUUUACAGUCUCUCCCUUCAGAAUUUCCAGCCGCCAUUUUUCACUUUAGAUGUUGAAUGUGGAGGAGGUUUUUAUAUCAGAAGCUUGGUCAGUGACAUUGGCAAAGAGCUCUCUUCCUGCGCCAGUGUGCUAGAGCUGACCCGAACCAGGCAGGGGCCAUUUACGCUAGAAGAACAUGCCCUUCCGGAGGACAAAUGGACAAUCGAUGCUAUCGCACAGUCUCUGGAGCACUGCUCCGCUCUUUUCCCAGCAGAACUGGCACUUAAGAAAUCAAAACCCAAAGAGUCUAAUGAGCAAGCUUUGAGCUGUGAAUAUAUAACUUUCAAUGAGACCAAGGGAGAGAAUGACAUCAUUAAGACAGUUUAAACUUAGCUUGGAAUUGUCUUCAGCUGACAUUUGAAUUCUGUAUGCAGAGUGGCAAUCUGUGUGCAAAAGACUUUUUUUUUUUUUUUUUUUUUGCCCAUUGUUUACAGUUUCUAUAAUGUGCAAUGUCUUGGCUGUAUAUUAUAUAAAUAGCCUUACAGUUGCUCAUUUCUUUCUGGAUAGUCUUCUGUGAUCUUAUUAGGCUAUUAGAUUGGAUUCAGGAAAAUCAACUUUCUGAUUUCGAUCUCUUUUCAAGUCUUGUGGAAAAAAAGAUUGAACACAUUUUUCUAAUUAAAGAAUGAAAUCUAAGCUACAUUUUUUUUUCUUUCUUGGUGUCUAAAUGAAUGUAGAUUUGUUACUUUGACUUUCUGACAACUAUGGUAUAGAAAUUCUUUAACUAUGUUAGCAAAGCCAUCAUUCAGCUCUCUUAUGUUUUAGAGACAGUUUUUUUUUUUUUAGUGACAUUUCUUUGCUAAGGCUGUAUUUAUCUGGUGAUAACUGUUAAUUUACAUUUUGAAAAUGAAUAAACUUUUAUAAUAAAUA